UGGCCAGGUUUGUAAGCAGCUCUCGGUUCUUGCUUUGACCAAAUCUUUUUAACACUUUAAAGUCAAUCUUGAAUAAUUCUAACUUUCGCUUCGCCACCACCCCUGCCCCCACCACUUUUUUUUGAAGACCGAUUUGACGUUUAAGUGUUGCUAUCAGAUUGAUGUGGUAACUUUGAUUGAAGGCUUUUGUGAUGUAAAUGUCACCGCGGUGAUGGAUCACCUCAUGCAGUUCACUAACAUCAGGAGGCCCCUUGCCAUUGGCGACUUGGGGUCACGUGAACGUCCUCUUGAGUGAUAUCGUUUGAUUGCCAGCGAGCCAUGGAGGAAGUUUACUGGGUGACAUAGUGCUUGGGGUUUCAGGGGCAGGGAGAAUCCCGAACAGGUUGACCGUCCAUCACUGGCAGAUGGACAAUACCAGGAUGAACUCGUUCUUAGAGUACGCAAUUUGUAAUCGUGGGACGAGCGCCUACUCAUCCAAGGGUUACCACCAUUCAGAACAAGGGAUAACAGCUUUCGCUCCUUGUGCAGGUAACAUUGACAAUUGCAAUGGUGAUGGACGAUUCUUAGUAGGAGGAAACGCACACAAUGCAUUCCAGCAUCAGCACCAGUCAACCAGUUCCUCGCAUCAUUCCAGUCUGGGGAACCCAUACGCCAGCUCAGGCCCUAACAACUACACGACCCAAACUUGCAACUCGGGUUACAAUCAUCAUUACUUUUUCAAUCAAGAAACGGAUGGGGCAUACUUUCAAAACUCGGGGUACACCGCCAAUUUAGCAUCCAAUAUCAACCAGCUUUCAGACGGUUAUUGUGGUGUGUCAGGGCCGGGUCAGUAUCAGCAUUCCUACGGCCAAGAGCAACAGGGUUUGGCGUAUGGGAUUUGUGCUAAUCUGUCUCCAUCUCAAGAGGGGGAGAAGGAACCUCUUUGCACCUCUGAUUCAUCCUCCUCGGGCCAGACGUUUGACUGGAUGAAAGUGAAAAGAAAUCCUCCCAAAACAGCCAGAAUUGCUGAUUACGGGUUAGGUGGUCAGACGAACACAAUGCGAACCAAUUUCACCACCAAGCAAUUGACAGAACUGGAGAAAGAAUUCCAUUUUAACAAGUAUCUGACCCGCGCAAGGAGAGUGGAGAUAGCUGCAACGCUCGAGCUGAAUGAAACCCAAGUAAAAAUCUGGUUCCAGAACCGCAGGAUGAAACAGAAGAAGCGGGAGAAGGAAGGAUUCGCACCCCAUUUCUCCGUUCACACUGCAAAGGAGACAGGAGACGGAUCAGACAAAUCGUCAACUACCUCUCCAUCCACUUCGCCCAGAUCGUCCACAUCAGAAAAUCUCCAGACCUCUUAACUCGGGCUACAUAUAAUGAAACUUCCAAAAAGAGAAUAUGACUUUAAAUUCUUUCAUUUCAGUUUACUGGCGUUAACUGCCCUUCCUUUCAUCGUCAACAUUGUUAUAAACUCAGGGAAAUUACCAAAAAAGAAGCAAUGCACUUUCCCCAUGUUUACAAUGUCGGAAUCGCACCUUUUGAUAGUGAUGGUUGCGAUACUGUAUCACCACAUUGACAGGCUGCUUGUAUGUUAUAUAGAUAUAUUUAGCUUGCGAUUUGGAAUACUCGCCUUAAGUCAUUGUUAACUUCAUAAACAGUCUGGCUUCACACAGCCUUGAUGUCUAUGCAUAGGUGUAGAUCUCAGUUUAUUUUGUAUUUAAGAAAUGUGAUUUUAAACGGAACUGUUUGUAUAUAUCGGAAAUUGAGAGAGGAAAAACACACACCGGUAUUUUGCAAUGUGAUGUGUUUUAUGAAAUCUGUGGUACUUCUUUGAUUGCACUACGAAUGCUGUAAACAGGGUCGUCCUUUAAAAAUAUACAUGCUAAGGUUAGAAAGGAGAUACUAAGUCGAAUAAAUUGAAUGAAAAAUGUAGCAGACGCGUGUUACAUGUCAACAGAUAAAUACUAAUCUCAUUUCUUUAAUUUUGUGGCAUUUUUAUUUGUUUCAAUUGAGAGAUCAAACUUGGUUGUUUAUUAGAUUAGAAACUGUUACAACAGUCAUGUAUUUCCAGAAAGUAAUGAUAAUUUGGAAAACAUUUGAACUUUCAACUGAUUUUAAGUCUCAAAUCAGGUAUCUGUUGAAAUCAAUGUGAGGAACGUCAGAGUGGAUCAGCCCAAACAUGUGACUUAAAAAUGCACCCACAAAGAUUUCCCUCAGUACUUACCAGUUAAGUUUACGAUUUCGCUACUAAAUCCGACGAUAGGACUUGUAAGGCACCUUCCAUGUCACUAACCAAGGCGGUUGGAAUAAUUCCGCCUGGGGUGGUUAUGCUGUCAUACAAUUGUUUGAGUUUUAUUUACAACCCUUGUGCUCAGCUACCUCGUUCCAAUA